GCAAACCUUAUAUUACCAAUUAUUGAACCAAGUAUUCAAGAAAAACAACCAGAUCAAAAUAAAUUACAAUCAGAUAAAUUGCAAGAUAAUAUUCAAGAUGAAUUACAAGUUUAUAUUCAAGAUGAAUUACAAAUCAAUAUUGAAGAUAAAUUACAAACUGAUUAUAUAACCACAGAAGAUGAUUGGAAUGAAAGAUUAGCAAAAUGCUUGCAAACUCAUCCCACUAUUAAUAUAAAUGCUAAAUGGAAUUUGUGUGAUCUUUUUAUUAGAGAAUUAGAAAAACCAGAUUUUAUUUCUAUUUCUUUAAAUUAA